UCUUUUUCACAAGAAAGUUAAUGAAAAUAAUAAAUUAAAUAUCGAUAACAGCAAAAAAUUAGUAUAUAAUCCGCAUAAAUAUCUGGUCAGAGAAAUAAAGCAUUCAAAAAAAACCUCACCAAAAAAACUGUCAUUAUCAAAAUUAAACGAUUUCCUUAAUGAUGAAAGCGUCCAAAAAACAAACAAUUAUUUACAAUCUCCACGUGUAACAAAGCUUUUUAACCAGUUUAAUCAAAAGAUUUCCUUUCUUGGUGACGAGGCCAAACAAAAAUCUAAAAAGCCAAUAAAUAAAAAUCGACGAACAGCAUUAUUAACUGAAGAUGAAAACCUAAGAUAUAGCGAGCAAGGAGCACUAGAUUCAAUGACCGAACACAUCCCAGUGAAACAAGAAGACAACAGUUCAACAGCGGGCCAAAACUUUGGCACAUCUUUGCUAACUGGACCCAUUGACAGCCACUUAUUUAAUCGUUCUACAAACUUUCAUGAAAAUAAAGACACGAUAGGUUGUAAGCACGGCAAAUAUUCAUGCUGCUCAAACAGGAACAACACGUGUUGGAGUCACGGACCUCGCAUUAAUAAUAAUCUCUCUUCUGUUUGCUUUUGCGACGAAGCUUGCAAACAUCUUAGUGAUUGCUGUACUGAUUACGAAAACGUUUGUCCUCCUGUUGACUGCAUAAUGAGUGAUUGGGAACAGUGGAGCGAGUGUGAUGUCCAGUGUGGCACGGGGGUCCGCCAACGCAUCAGGAAAGUUAUCGUUCAACCGCAAAAUUCUGGCAAACCAUGUGGAAACACUUUGGAGAUGGCUGGUUGUGCAGGAUAUAAUUGCAAAAGUGGAAGGUCCAUAUCUGCCAUCCUUACAGAAACAGCAAAAAUUGUUCCAUGGACGUAUGGCCAACAUAGGUCAAGCAAUGAGUACAAUCCUCUCGCUGAUAUUCGCCAAAACGUAUACUUUAGACGUAACCCCGAUGAAGCUCAUGAUUUUAAUCGAUCAUCAACUUGUAUGACUUUUGAAAUCGUUAAAGUUCUGCCUCAAUGCAAUUCAACUGAAGAUGGAUUGCCUUCCUGGACCAGCAUUUUGAAGAACGGAGUGGAGGUGUGUGUGGAAUGUCAAUUCACGGCCAUGGUCAAGGAUCAUGGUAACCGAUGUCGUGGGGAAGGGUCAGUUGGAUUAGAAUCACGUUGGGCCACAAACAAACCUACUUGCAGUGGAAUCUGGAUACGCAAGAACAAUUCUACCAUAUGUCAAUGUGAAAUGAAAAACGACAGUUUUAUUUUUAUUUGAAUAGAGAAGUUUUUUCUUACGCAAAUUCGUAAGCAAAUAAAUUUUAUAAAUUUUUUAUGUGUCUUAAAAAGAAGAAAAAGAUUAUAUAUAUAUAUAUAUAUAUAUAUAUAUAUAUAUAUAUAUAUAUAUUGCAAAAAUUAUGUAAGAUCAACCAUUUGCACCUAUAUAUAUAUAUAUAUAUAUAUAUAUCAACAAAAAAUGGGCCAUUCGUUUUAUUUUAUGAUGAUAUUAAACCACCUGUUGAACAUUUUUUUUCAGCAACAUAAAAAAA